GGCGCGGGGGCAGAGAGCGCGCGCUCGCAGACGCGGCCGUAUUAAACGGCUGCAGGCGCGGCAAGCUUGGAUCUUUCUCGCUCUGAGGCUUUCGGCGGUUCUCUCCUGUUCUGUGAAGCCUAAGCCGGCUACACCUUCCUCCUCUUCUUCGCCUGCAGCCGUGUCGUUGCGACUCCACCACCAUGUUCGAGGCGCGCCUGGUUCAGGGCUCCAUCCUGAAGAAGGUGCUGGAGGCCCUUAAGGACCUCAUCAACGAGGCCUGCUGGGACAUCAGCUCGAGCGGCGUGAACCUGCAGAGCAUGGACUCGUCCCACGUCUCCUUGGUGCAGCUCACCCUGCGCUCGGAGGGCUUCGACACGUACCGCUGCGACCGCAACCUGGCCAUGGGCGUGAACCUCACCAGUAUGUCCAAAAUACUAAAAUGUGCUGGCAAUGAAGACAUCAUUACCCUAAGGGCUGAAGAUAACGCGGACACCUUGGCACUAGUAUUUGAAGCUCCAAAUCAAGAAAAGGUUUCAGACUAUGAAAUGAAGUUGAUGGAUUUAGAUGUUGAACAACUUGGAAUUCCAGAACAAGAGUAUAGCUGUGUAGUAAAGAUGCCUUCUGGCGAAUUUGCACGUAUAUGCCGAGAUCUCAGUCAUAUUGGAGAUGCUGUUGUGAUUUCCUGUGCAAAAGACGGAGUGAAAUUUUCUGCAAGUGGAGAACUUGGAAAUGGAAAUAUUAAGUUGUCACAAACAAGUAAUGUUGAUAAAGAGGAGGAAGCUGUUACCAUAGAGAUGAAUGAGCCAGUUCAGCUAACUUUUGCACUGAGGUACCUGAACUUCUUUACAAAAGCCACUCCACUGUCUCCUACAGUAACACUCAGUAUGUCUGCAGAUGUACCCCUUGUUGUAGAGUAUAAAAUUGCUGAUAUGGGACAUUUAAAGUACUAUUUGGCUCCCAAGAUCGAGGAUGAGGACGCAUCCUAGGCAUUCUUAAAAUCCAAGAAAACAAAACCAAGCUCUUUGAGAACUGCUUCUGAAAUGCCACCAUGUACUUAACUAUCUUCUGUCACCAAAUUUGUAUCUCUGAGUACAUAUGUAGAUAAUGUUUUCUGUAAAUAACCUAUUUUUUCUUCAUUCUCUACAAUCUGUUUAAAGAAUAAAGUCCAAAGUCAAA